UUCAAGUGUGAGAAAAGCCCGUUCCUCUCUCUUCAUCUUGCCAGUAGUGGAAGUGUGCUAGAUUCUCUUGGCACUCAUCAUGAACCCAGUGAAACGUGAAGAGAACACGUCACUCAGUGCUACUGAAUAUGACCAGAGUACCAGACCUGAAGUUUCACAGGAUACUAACAUGGAGCAGACAUGUGUUGGCACACCUGUUGAUCAUUCUCCACCUGACAAUAGAGAGUGUAGUAGCACCAGUAAACUUAAAUGUGAAGUCAAUGGGUUUGAAGCAUUUCUUAAAACUCAGAACCCAAAUUGGAGAAUCAGUGAAAAAUGUUGUUUCACCUUUACUUUGAAUGAAAGCUCCAGAAAAUCAGACCGUAGUGUGUUUACAGCAUCUGGUGAACUCAAUGACAAUAUCUACUCAGCUCUGACAGCUAAUGACGAUUUCUGUCAAAGGAUGGGGAAGAAUAUGGACAUUUUUGUUUAUGAAGAUAAAACAAUAGAAGGGUAUGUAAAUUUAGGAAUGCCUCUCAAGUGCCUCCCUAAAGAUUCUCACUUUACAAUAUGGGUUGUUCGAAGAAAGAAUAUGAAAGAAACUGAUCAGAUAUUACGCCAAUGUGAAAAUCCCGACACCGAGUGCAUUCUUUUUCACAUUGAGGCUAUUGGGGAGAUAAUAAAGAAGAUUGUUAAGAUCAACGAACUUCAUGAAAAGGCAACUACACUUUGUGUCUAUGCCCCGAAGGGUGAGACUGUCAAGGAAGCCCUGUGUAAAGAUGGCCGAUUUCGGGUUGACCUGGACCAACGUGAAUGGGAACUCAAGGAAGGUUGUAAAAACAUUUAUGGAAAACAGACCAAGGUGGAACAUGUAUCUGGAAAAACCUUAAAAAUGAACAUUUAUAAAAAGCCAUCUGUCAAAUCAACCCCUACGAAAAUAAAGCAGAAGAAUAAAAGUGCCACUCAUGAAAUCAGUCCCCAGAAUCAGAAUCAGAUCUGGGAACCAGAGAUAGAUGGAGAAACUGAAGAUGUAGAACACAGUCAAGAAAAAGUUUCCCCACCUCAAAGCCUAAGACAUAAUAGUUCCAAAAUUACAAGUCAUUAUCAGAAAAAUUACAAAAGAAAAAACAGGGAACAAAAGCCACAUCUAGGUAUGCCAUCUGCUAUUGAUCAGGAUAUCCAGAGGAAGAAAACUAAAUUCUGGCUAAAGAGAAAUUCUAGUAAAGAUGCAUCUAGGAUGAAUUUGAUUACUUUACUUUUGUUAAUUUCUGUUUUUGUUGUAUUUGUUUUUAUAUGUAUAAAAUUGAGUAGUUAUUUUUAGGAAGAACAGAGGAGAACCAAACUGUCACCAUGUUAACAAUUCAACAUAUAUGAAAAGUGUUUUGCAAAAGUGACUAAAAAUUCUACUUCAGUUGCAACCUAUGAGCUUCAUACUCCACUUAUCAAGGCCCCACUGUCAGUUGGGUUCAUCUUUUGGAACAAUAAUGGAAACACAGGCAAUGCUACUUGCUUUGUCUUCAAUGAUGUUUAUAUUUUCACCUGUAAACAUGUUGUACACAUGAUGGUGGGAGAAGGCACAAAGCCAAGUUUGUGGCCAGGUAUAAAAAGCAAACAUGCAAAGGUAACUUUCACUUCUAAAGUAUUCCAACCUCCUGAAGAAUGGUUUUUCAUUGAGGCAUGGUUUGAAGUGUCUGAUACAGUUUUGAAUUAUACCAUUUUAAAACGAAAAGCAAAUGGAAAUGAAUUUCCUCCAGGCCUAUUGGAAAAAAUUUCCUCUUUGCCAUCUAGUGGUUUGCUUUAUUUAAUUGGCCACCCAGAAGGCCAGGCCAAGAAAAUAGAUGAGUGUGCUGUGAUUACUACAGUGAAUCAUAACUAGAAGUAUUCAGAGCAUGGUCAAUAUGCAGUACCCCACACUUUCUCUAUGUUUACCUCAAGAAGUUUCUCACUUGUGGCUAGGACUGAUGCACUUAGUUCUGAUACAUGUUUUUUGAGUGGGUCCUCUGGCUCCCCAGUGAUUAAUCAAUUUGACAAAGUAGUUGCCAUGCACUCCUUCGGACAGUUUUAUGACCUCAGAGAUAAGGAAUGUUCCUUUAUUGAAUUUGGCUAUUCUAUGGAAUCAAUUCUUUGUGAUGUUAAACAGAAAAAUGAGGCCUUUUAUAAAUUGUUAACUGAAGAGAAAAACAAAGAAAGAAAAGGCCAGUACAAUUUGCUGAAGCUGUGACAGAAAGAAAGAAUAUAAGAGUAGAACUACUUAAUGAAAGGUCUGAGGCAUGGAUAUGCAUUUUUUAAGGACAUAGAAAGAAGGUUU